AUUCACAAUUUGUUUUUCUCUCAAAAAAUUAGAACUAUUCAUACACAAAAGCUUUAUCUAUACUGCCUUAUCCAGAUGAACACAUGUUCCCGGAGUUGUAACAAUUUCUUUCCCUUUGACAAGAAUUCACUUCAAAUGUCUUCCAAUCUUCUUAAAUCACAUGCACAAGCCAUCCAAAUCUCCCACCCUUUGUUCCAUUUCAAACUGCCAACCUCAACUUCCUUAUACUCUGUAGGAUCAACACAACAACUUAACAAUCUUUAUCUGUCUGUCUCUUUCACAACACCCCUGCACUUAACCAAGUUCAAAUCACCUCUUCAGUGUUCAGUCUCUUCUCCUACCCCACCAACUACGAAAGAAGAUGCCAUUUCUCAAGCAAAGUUGUCUCUUUUAACUACUUUAGAGAAACCCCUUAACAAUCCUAAGCUCGUUGGAAGACUCAAGAAACUCAAACAACCAAGAUUUCGUGUUGAAAUUCCAGUUGUUGAUGACUCCUCAUCUGCACUAUCUCAGCUUGCUCUUGAUAUUUUUGCAAACGUGCCCAUUAAAAGAAAAGGCCCAAAAAUCAAGAUUCUGCUUUUAUGGCCUAACCAAAGCUUAACUCAAGCUGCACAAAAAGCCUUUGAGAGUAAGUCUUCAAACCCCAUUAUUGAAAAUUUUGAUAUUUCAUUAAUAACAGAUGAUGUGGAUAUCAGAAUGGUGAGUUCUGGAGAUGUGGUUGUGUUUAUGGCUCCAGAGGCUUCAAGAUUAAGUGUAAUGGAGGCUAUUGCUGAUGCAUUGUAUCCAAAGCCUGUAGUGAUUUUCAAUCCCAAAUGGGGGUUUGAUGAAGAGAGUAGCUUUGGUGAGUUGAGUGGAUUUGUGGGUUCAUUUGAGGUUGUGUAUUCAUUUAUGGGAUUAGAGGUUAAAGGAAUAUUGAAUAAGAGAAAUGGUGUGAUGUUUAAGUGUGUUAGAAAUGGGGUUUUGAGUGGUGAGAAAUGGUAUGUCUUUGUUGAAGAAGAUGGAGAAUUGAAGGUGGUUUCGAGGUUUAAAACAAGGCCAUCAAUUGAGGAAGUUGAGAAUGUUUUGUAUAACUUGAUGGCGAUGAAUUCACCAAUCACAAAGUCAGCAAAGUUCUUGAAAGAUUUGGUGUCAAAUGUAAGGGGACAAAAGUAAAGCACAAUAAUUCAACUUUGUGUAGUUUUCAUUAGAACUCUUUUGGUGAAAAAGGUGACUCUAAUUUUUAGAACAACAGUGUCUCUCUUGAUCCUUUACAACGAUAUUACUGUUUUGCUACCUGUUUCCUUUUCUGUCUUCCCAAUAAUUACAGUAUUAUUCCUCUAAGAUGUC